UCACAGCUGUUAGGUGACCAUGAAGUCCCUAAACUGAAAGUGCAAGCCCUGAUCUAUCCUGCCCUCCAAACCCUGGACCUAGAGUUGCCCUCGUACCAGGACAACAAGGACAAGCCGAUCCUGUCCAAGGCCCUCAUGAUCCGGUUCUGGAGCGAGUACUUCACCACAGACGUGGCUCUGCGGGAGGCCAUGGCCGCUAACAGGCACGUGCCGCCCGAGUCCAGCCACCUGUUUGGCUUCGUCAACUGGAGCACGUUGCUGCCCGAGGAGAUGAAGAGAGGCCACGUCUACCGCAGCCCCGUCCCGGGCAGCCCCAGCCUCGGCCAGAAGUACCCGGGGUUCCUGGACGUGCGCGCGGCCCCGCUGCUCGCGGGCGACGCGGCCCUGCGCGGCCUGCCCCGCACCUACGUGCUCACGUGCGAGCACGACGUGCUGCGGGACGAAGGCGUCAUGUACGUGCGGCGCCUGCGGGCCGCCGGCGUGCCCGUCACACACCACCAUGCGCACGAUGCCUUCCACGGCGUGUUCAUGUUUGUGUCCAGCCCGGGAGAGCUGGCCAUAAGCCACAGGCUCUCACGUCAGUACAUUCAGUGGUUAAAUGACAACCUGUAA